UUCGCAAAGAAAUGGCUGAAAUGGCGUUCAACAUCUCAGUGUGUCCGGGGCAAGACUCGUUUGGUUUUUCCAAGUUUCAUCCUACAGUCCCGGCAGCUAUUUACGAUGGGGCACGCCAGCGGACUCAGAGCCCCAUGACCACGGCUACGUCCGUUCUGGCGACCAAGUUUGAUGGCGGAGUCAUGCUUGUCGCAGAUAUCCUCGGCUCGUACGGGUCGCUGGCAAGGUUCAGAAACUGCCCCCGCAUUCUGAAGGUAAACGACCAGAUUGUAGCCGCAGCCAGUGGUGACUACGCCGACUUCCAGUAUCUCAAGAGCGUCAUCGAUCAGAAAAUGAUCAGCGAAGAAUGCCUGAACGACGGUUUCAGACUCAAGCCCAAAUCCCUGUACUCCUGGCUGACCCGCAUCAUGUACAACAGGCGUUCUAGGUUCGACCCACUGUGGAACACCUACCUCAUUGGGGGCCUACAGGACGGUGUCCCAUUCCUUGGCCAAGUCGAUAUGUUGGGAACUGCAUUUGAAAGCGAGACUUUGGCCACUGGUUAUGGAGCCUACAUUGCCCAGCCGCUCCUCCGUGAUGCGUACGAGAAGAAGGCUGGCCAGCUGACAAAGAAGGAGGCCCAGGAAGUGCUCUCUUACUGCCUCAGGGUGCUGUACUACCGUGAUGCCCGGUCCUUUGACAAGUACCAACUGGCAACAGUGACACCGGAAGGUGUGGUCAUUGAAGGACCGCUGAAGGUUGACUCCAAUUGGGAGAUCGCUCAUCUUGUAAAGGGCUACGAGUGACAUGGUUUAUGUUCACAAAAGCUGCCGUGUAAUAAAAAAAAAUCCACUUUUCUUUGUCA